AACGGAAGCCGAGAUGGGCCAAACCAGCCCAUCCGGAUAACAGAGACAAACUUGGCAGCGAGCGGAUGAACUGGUCGGAUCUUUGUUCUUCACAGACAGACUGUCAACCUCUUUAUAGUUUUGCGUAUCGUCACUUAUAUGUCUCACAUUUAUAUCAAGAUUAUAUAGAAUACUCCUUCCCUUGGCACGCAGCUUCAGCACAGGCAUAUGCUUUUUGAGCUAGCAUAUUUUCCUAGUGUUUUUAGUUCAUUCUUCCCCCCACCGACGAGGUUUUAUUGGACCAAGAUAGGCGGCGCGGGCACCAAGAUGUCGAACCGGAUGGUGUGCAGAGAAGCGAGCCACGCCGGCAGCUGGUACACGGCUUCAGGAUCCCAGCUUAACGCACAACUCGAGGGCUGGUUAUCUCAAGCACAACCUACAGCCGGUCCAGCUAGAGCCAUAAUAGCACCGCAUGCUGGCUACACGUACUGUGGCGCGUGUGCCGCCCACGCCUACAAGCAGGUGGACCCCUCCAUCACUCGGAGGGUGUUCAUUCUUGGCCCCUCUCACCAUGUGCCGCUGUCUCGCUGUGCCCUCUCCCCCGCCGAGGUCUACAGAACGCCACUGUACGACCUGAGGAUCGACCAGAAGGUUUACGCUGAUCUGUGGAAAACAGGCAUGUUUGAACGGAUGAGUCUGCAGACAGAUGAAGACGAACACAGCAUUGAGAUGCACCUGCCUUAUACCGCUAAAGCCAUGGAGAGCCAUAAAGAUGAGUUCAGCAUCGUCCCUGUGCUGGUGGGAGCUCUGAGUGAAUCUAAAGAGCAGGAAUAUGGCAAGCUGCUUAGCAAAUACCUGGCUGACCCUUCUAAUCUUUUCAUCAUCUCCUCUGACUUCUGCCACUGGGGUCAACGUUUCCGUUACACCUACUUCGAUGAAAGUCAAGGGGAGAUCUACAGAUCUAUCGAGCACCUUGACAAAAUGGGAAUGGGAAUUAUAGAACAGUUGGACCCCAUCUCCUUUAGCAAUUAUUUGAAGAAAUAUCAUAAUACUAUUUGUGGUCGCCAUCCCAUCGGCGUUCUUCUAAAUGUAAGUACCUUCAUAUGAACGACUUCAUUAAUU